AUGAUUGCACGGUAUUGGUGGGGGAAGAGUGGCAGGAAAGGAAUUCAUUGGUUGGGUUGGAGGAAAUUGUGUAAACCAAAAUGUUUGGGAGGUCUUGGCUUCAAAAACUUUGAAGCUUUUAAUAAAGCCAUGGUAGCAAAACAGGCUUGGCGUAUUUUAGAGAAACCCACCUCUCUGGUGGUUAAGAUACUUAAAGCCCGAUAUUUUCCGCAUGAUGAUUUUAUGCAGGCUAGUUUGGGGAGCUCGUCGUCAAUGAUAUGGAAAUCUAUUCUGUGGGGACGUGAGGUUAUUGAGGAUGGCCUGAUUUGGAGGGUGGGCAAUGGAGCUUCUAUCCGUGUUUUUCAAGAUAGGUGGAUUCCAAAACCAUUUACGUUUAAGCCGUUGACGGAUAGAGGGCUGGAUUGGAAUACUACAAUUUCUGACCUUCUAACUGCUUCUGGCUCUUGGAAUUUACCACUGUUAGAGCAACAUUUUAGCUUGGAAGAUCGAGAUAUCAUUUUUGGCAUCGCCUUGGGAUUAGUUUCACAGCUGGCGGGUGGCACUUUUGCUGAUGUUUUUGAGGCUGUGGCUUCAAUGAUGUCAAAAGCUGAGUUAGAGCGCUUUGCUUGUUGCGUGUGGAGUGCGUGGAAACUACGUAAUGACUCUUUGCAUGGGAAACAGAAUAUAUGA